AUGUGGCGAAUUGCUCUUCGGUUGACGGCCCGCCCUGCGUUCCGAGACGAAGAUAGUGACCGGCGCCACAUCGAAAAGUUUCACGAGGAUGGCCUAUCUAAUCAACUCGCCGCCCACCUCGACGCAGAGUUGAAGCAGGAUCCGCUCCUUUGGCAAGUGGAGACUCGGGUACGCAUGCUCAUGGGUGCGCGAGGUCACGAAGGCCACAAUCUGGCCCGCAGCACUGCCAAACGCCAGUUGACGAACCACCCGCAGAAGGCUGAAGCGGGAGUCGCUGCGCCUAUAUAA